AUGGCAGAGAGAGACAUAUCUGAAAUCAAGAAGAAUGAUAAUCCAUGCAAAGAGUUUAUUUCAAGUUGGCUCGAAACCACUAUAUUUGAGAAAAAUCCAGGUUUAGCAACCAACACGAAACGAGUUUGUAUAACCAAAAAUGCUAACAUUAAGCAUACCGUAGAUAAAUUGCAGGGUCUUCUGGAAUCGACGGAAGGUUUUGUAUGUCUUGAAGCUCAUGGACCUCACCUCCAGAAGAUGUUAAGUAUUUUGGAAAUUACAAAAAAAGUAAUCAAGGAAAAGGAUACCUCCACGACAAUACAUCAAUGGAAUCGAAUGUUAUCAUUUCAGUCGAUCCAACCAGGUAGAAAUGAGCUGUUAGAAAGAAAGAUAAAUAUACCCAUUUUGAUAUGUUUUAUUUCAACAUCUUCCGACUUAGCCAACGACCUUCCGUUUUCAUUGUUCACAGAACAGACCUAA